AAAGGCAGCAGGGGGCAGCGGUCGCCAUCUUGGCUGGACCCAGAGGAGAAGAAGAAGCAGACAUGCGCAGUGCGGACGUGGAUGACUGCAGGAGAAGAUGGCUGCGCCCAUAGACCUGGAGCUGAAGAAGGCGUUCUCUGAGCUGCAGGUGAAGAUGAUCGACACGCAGCAGAAGGUGAAGCUGGCCGACCUGCAGAUCGAUCAGCUGACCCGGGUCCAGAAACACGCCAAGCUGACGCACGCCGAGAUCACCACGCUGCCCGACAACACGCGGCUGUACGAGGGCGUCGGACGCAUGUUCAUCCUCCAGUCGAAGGAGGACAUCAACAAUCAGCUGACCGACAAACAAAAGACAGCUGACGAGAAAAUCAAAGAGCUCGAGCAGAAGAAGGUGUACCUUGAACGCAGCGUGAAAGAAGCAGAAGACAACAUCAGAGAGAUGCUGCUGUCCAGGAGAGCCCAGUGACCCACACCUGGAGCGUGCACACGCACACACUGAUCACACACUGAUCACACACUGAUCACACACUGAUCACGUCAGUAACUGUUACUAAUAAAGGGUUGAACCUUCA